AUGGAUUCUUCUUCUUCCAUUUUGAAUCCCCUUCGUGAGGAUAUCUCCGACGAAGAACCAGCUCCGGCGUUCGUCUUCGCCACUCGUCCCCUUCGCCCUCCUUCUACAUGCAAGUUACAACAGGAAGGGCGUGUGUUUACAUGUGGAUCAAACACACAUGGACAGCUUGGUCAUGGAGAUACCUUGGACAGUCCAGUACCCAAAGCUGUUGAGUUUCUUCAAAGCGUUGGCCCUGUGGUGCAAAUCUCAACGGGACCGAGUUAUGUUUUAGCUGUAACACAAGAUGGCUCGGUUUACUCAUUUGGCUAUGGAUCUAGCUUUUGUCUUGGUCAUGGAGAGCAACAAGACGAGCACCUCCCGCAUGUCAUCCAGGCUUUUAAAAGAAAAGGUAUUCAUAUACUCAGUGUCUCUGCAGGUGAUGAACACGCCGUGGCGCUUGAUUCCAAUGGCCGUGUAAGUUCUUUCUUUCCAUAUCUCUUCCUCCUUCUUGGAAUUACUUUCAUUGCAAGUUGUUCGAGAAAGACAUCAUGCUUGAGUGAGAAGAUUCCGAAGGAAACAGAGUCUACAUACAUGAUGCCGAUAGAGUAG